AUGACGAAAACAUCCUCAACAACAAGUGGGGUGACGCGGUUUAAAACGACGCUUCCGCCAGAUGAAAGUAGUUCAUGCCGUCCUGGGACACCUGAUGUAAGACAGGUUUGUCAGGAUCCACUGUUCUACCCGUACGUUGCGACCUUCUUUAUGUUUGCUUUCGGCUUCGUCAUCAUCGCCGCCGUCGUCAUGAAUUCCCUGGUUCUCUUUGUCAUGUCGAGAUCGACCCGAGCACGGAAAUCGUCUCACAACGUCUAUGUCGCCAGUCUUGCCUUUUCCGACCUCAUGGUUGUGCUCAUCGAGUGUCCAAUCGUUUAUAUGCAGUUCUUGUUGCCUGGCGAUGUCUCCAGAGUGAUAUUCAACCCGGACACAUACUGGGUGUGCAUCGCGUCUUUCUACUUCAACUCCUUCUUUGGGACUGCUUCGAUAAUGACCCAGCUGGCGCUCAACAUCGACCGUUAUUGCAUGAUCAUCCACCCGCUUACAACAAGGGCGUUCGCUGCGCCCACCAACACACGAGCUGGGUUCAUCCUGAUGUUGGUUUGGUCGGUUUCGAUGAUUCCACAGUUUGGGAACAUCUUCCUCUUCAAGGAGGUAGCUAGUGAAUCGUACGUCAUGCAUGGUGGAAUCGACGUAUACGAGGUCCACUUCUGUCUCAGCAGCAAACCUAGCGAUAAUCCAUACACACCACACGUUUACACCGCAACCGUCUUUUGCGUCUUCUAUCUGUCAACACUGGUCACAACCCUUGGUCUCUACGUUAAAAUGGUGUUCUCUCUGCGACAAAGAAAACCAACGACGACCCCCGAGGAUGACCGAAUCUAUUCCAUCUAUAUGCGAAGAGACUCCUUGUCCAAACAACACAGGUUCACAGAUGAUGGCAUCCUCGAUUUUGUCGACUGGGUUGGUCAUACCAGUUCCUUCAGAGAUUGA